GGCGGGCGAAGAUCAGAGAUUUACAGAAGAUUCCAUGGCGGUUUUCGCUGAUCUAACGAAACCUUUCGUUUUCGAUCCUAAACUUUCAUUUCCUCCGACAUACAUUUACGAUCAAGUCCAAAUUCACUAUCCAAUCCACUAAUUUAUCUCUGAAUAUAGCAAUCAAAAUAUCUUAUAUAACUAAUAAUAAUAUUUACGAAAUCACUAGCUUUGUAGAAUCAACAUGGGAUCCGAACUCAAUGGCAUUACUUCAAAAACGGCCAAGACCGGAGAAUCCGACCCAAACGACGACGAUGCCUCUGCCAAAGACGGCCUCCCCCUCCUUGAAUCCGCCGCCGAAGGUAUCCAGGAGCACGAGAAGAAAUUCGCUGCCUUCGUGCGCAAUGACGUGUACGGUUCAAUGGGAUGUGGAAAGCUGCCAUUGAAAGAGAAACUCCUGCUGGGCAUCGCCCUCGUCACGCUUCUCCCUAUACGUCUCGUUUUGGUAAUGACUAUUUUGGUUGUGUAUUACUUGAUUUGUAGAAUUUUUACGCUAUUCUCGACCCCGAAUCUGGAGGAUGAGCAGGAAGAUUUUGCACACUUGGGUGGGUGUAGGCGAGCCGUGAUUGUCCAGUCGGGUCGGUUUCUUUCUAGGUUGCUGCUUUUUACGGUAGGAUUUUAUUGGAUUAAUGAAACUCAUAAGGAUUCAGCAAAUACCCAAGAGAGUUCAAAAACCGAGAGUACUAAACAAUCAGAACAGCAAGAAAGGCCUGGGGCAGUCGUAUCUAAUCACUUAUCCUAUUUAGAUAUCUUCUAUCACAUGUCCUCUUCCUUUCCAAGUUUUGUUGCCAAGAGAUCAGUGAGUAAACUUCCCUUAAUUGGUCUUAUCGGCAAAUGUCUUGGUUGUGUCUAUGUUCAGCGAGAGUCAAAAUCAUCAGACUUUAAAGGUGUUGCAGGCAUUGUGACCGACAGAAUUCGUAAUGCACAUCAAAAUGAAUUGGCUCCAAUGAUGAUGCUUUUUCCAGAAGGAACCACAAGUAAUGGGGAUUUCCUCCUCCCAUUCAAGACUGGUGCCUUUUUAGCCGGAGCACCUGUUGUGCCUGUUAUAUUAAGGUACUCAUACCAAAGAUUUAGUCCAGCCUGGGAUUCAAUAUCUGGGGUGCGUCAUGUGGUUUUUCUUCUAUGUCAAUUUGUAAAUCACUUGGAGGUAAUAUGGUUACCUGUUUACUGCCCGUCGCAGCAAGAGAAGGAUAAUCCAAAACUAUAUGCUAAUAAUGUCCGAAAAUUGAUGGCCUCUGAGGGUGGUUUGAUACUUUCGGAUAUCGGUUUGGCUGAGAAGCGAAUAUACCUUGCUGCUCUCAAUGGUAAUAAUAGACUGCCUAGUGUUUUGCAUCCGAAAAACGAUUGAUAAAUUCAUCAACCUUGCUUCCACAUGCUAUCUAUUCUCAGUUAAGUUCCUUAAUUUGCACUGACAACGUCAUUGCAAUUAUGUGAAUUUUAUUUAUGAAAAGUGUGGCCAGGAUCAUACGCUAUAAGCCACCAU